AUGCCGAACGAGAAUACAUGGUCAUCUAACGCUGAGAGUCAAAAUAACAAUUCUGAUGAUGCAGAUGUUGGAGAGGUGAAUGACACAACCUCAGUGGAAGAAGAGGAUUAUGAGGCAAGCAAUGAAGUUACGAAUGAAGACUCUGGUGAUGAAACUGAACUGGAGACGGGUUUCUCAGAAAGUGAUUUCAAUGAAUACCUCCAAGGUUGGGCAGAGAUGUUAGAAGAGGAACUUUUGAGGAAGGAAAUGA